CUUUUGGCUGGGGGUGCAGUGUUUUUGUUUAUUAAUUAAUAAAUAAUUAAAAUACAUAAAAUUAAAUGAACUAAUUAGUGAAAGUGCACAUUCUACAACAUGUCAGUGAUUACUAGUAACGAAAAUGCUGUCCAGCAGGAGUACGAUGGGUCGAGUAAUAUGUGCUUAGAGCUAGCCCUAGAAGGCGAAAGACUAUGUAAAUCGGGCGAUUGUCGUGCAGGAGUAGCUUUUUUCCAAGCUGCAAUUCAAGCUGGCACUGACGACCUCAGAACACUUAGUGCCAUUUACAGCCAGCUGGGAAAUGCCUAUUUUUAUCUCGGAGACUACAACAAAGCUAUGCAGUAUCAUAAGCACGAUUUGACUUUGGCUAGAACAAUGGGAGAUAAAUUGGGUGAAGCCAAGUCUUCAGGCAACUUGGGCAAUACGCUGAAAGUAAUGGGAAAAUUCGAUGAGGCUAUAGUAUGUUGCAAAAGACAUUUGGAGCUUUCCAGAGAACUAGAUGACAAGCUGAGCGAGGGCAGGGCAUUGUACAAUUUGGGCAACGUCCAUCACGCCAAAGGCAAACAUAUAGGGAAAGUGGGCCAAAAGGAUCCUGGCGAGUUUUCUGAUGAAGUCAAAGAAUGCCUGCAAGAAGCUGUUUCGUAUUAUGAAAAAUCUUCCUUGCAAAACGCACCCGGAGAAUUUACUGAAGAAGUACAAGAGUGCUUCAAAGAGGCCAUAGAUUGUUAUAAAGAAAACUUGACUCUAAUGAGAGAAUUAGGUGACGUAGCAGCCCAAGGAAGAGCUUGUGGUAAUUUAGGCAACACCUAUUACUUGCUAGGGGAUUUUGGCCAGGCCAUACACUACCACGAAGAAAGAUUGUCAAUUGCUAGACAAUUCGGCGACAAAGCAGCCGAACGAAGGGCCCAUAGUAAUUUGGGUAACUCACACAUUUUCAUGGGCCAAUUUGAAGAGGCCGCACACCAUUACAAACGUACUUUGGGUUUAGCUCAAGAGCUAGGAGACCAAGCCAUAGAGGCACAAGCUUGCUACAGCUUGGGUAACACUUACACCCUAUUGAGAGACUACGAAACAGCUGUAGAGUAUCAUUUAAGGCAUUUAUUGAUAGCUCAAAAUUUAAACGAUAGAGUUGGUGAAGGCAGAGCUUGUUGGUCUUUAGGUAACGCACAUGCUUCAUUAGGACAUCACGAAAAGGCUUUGAAUUAUGCUAGAAAACAUUUGGAAAUAAGUAAAGAGAUUUGUGAUCCAAUGGGUGAAGCUACAGCAAAAAUGAACAUAGCGGAUUUGAAACGGGUGCUUGAUAUACCAGAAAGUCCUGAAAUUGUGGACGAGGUGCCUCCAAUACAAACGCCAGCCAAAUCGUUGGAGGGCAGUCGCGAGAGAUUGCACAGGCUUACUCCAGAUGGUAAAAAUCCUAGUGUGAGUUUGCCUCAAACUAAAGCUAGUACAGCAAUCAAAGAUGAAGACUCGUUCUUUGAUGUUUUGUCGCGGUUUCAAUCAAAGCGCAUGGACGAUCAGAGGUGUUCUUUGACAGUCAAGGGUGGCAACAAAGAAAACAAAAAUUUGGCUAAUCUUCCUAAAAACGACGAGCCAGAAGAUCUUUUUGAUAUGAUUACAGGUAUGCAGAGCAAGAGGAUGGACGAGCAAAGAGUGGAAUUACCAAAUUUACCAGGUCUUCAAUCUUCAUCUCUUCAACGAUUAGCCCAAUCCCGAUCAAAUUCUUCAAUACCAGACGAUCAUUUCUUAGAUCAACUUGUCCGUUGUCAAAAUUCCAGGUUGGACGAUCAAAGAUCGCCUCUUCCAGUUAGCGCUUCAGUUGACACUGAAGAAAACGAACAACCAAAACCUGUAGCGGGUAGAAGCGGCGCCACUGUGCCAGACGAAGAUUUCUUUUCCUUGAUUAUGCGAUUUCAGUCUGGUAGAAUGGAAGAUCAACGAGCGGCUGUGCCUAGAGCGAAUAACAGAAUUGCCAAUGGAUCUGUGCCGCAUCAUCCCACCAACAACGGUCUGACCAGUAGUAGUUCAAAAAAAUCUUCGAAAAAGAAAUGAAAGUUUCAAUUUUAGACUUAGAAUCAUGCUUCUACGAAAUAUUUAAGUGGGCAAAAUAAAAUAUUAUAUUUAGGUGUAUGUACUUGUAUUGUUGCUAAGAAUCGUUGAAAGAAGCUGAAACUGGAAUAUUUUGUGUGUACCUGAAAUUACUGGCCCUAGAGUCUAAUUGCUUCUUAUAUUUCAUCCAACCAAAGUACAUUAUUAAAAUGACUUAGCUCUCUAUACCUAAGAUUAAAUUACAGGGUGUAUCAAAUUGAGAUGCCAAGUGUGUAAUUUCUCCAUUAAAAAAAAUAUAUAUAUAUAUCCUUUCUAAUAAUUACUGCCAUAAAUAACUUAUACAUCCAUUUCCACUUUACUUCUUCAGGUUGUAAGUCCAAUUUUUUUUUCGAAUAUUAUUGACUGUAAUGCAUUUAGUUUAAGUAAAAAAUAUUAUUAUACCACACAGGGUGAGGCAAAAUAAGGUAUUAUUUUUAAAUUUUGUGCCUCCCUAUAUUAUAAUAUAGUAUUUAUCCCCUCUGUCCUCCAUUGUAUUUCAUGAUUGUUGCCAUGUUAACUUUUUGCUAACAAAAAUAUUUUGACCCCUCCACAGAUUUUUAACAACCCUUAUUGAAAUAUUGAGCCAAAUUGUACAAUUUACACUUUUUAGAUAGACUUAUAUGAAAAUAACUAGAAUUAUAUGAAUCUUAUAUAGAGUAAUUAUAUUAUUAUAGAAAGUAGAUGUUUGGCCCAACACUGAAAUUGUCCAUUAAAAAAAAAAAUCAGGCCUAAAUAUGGUGUUGGCCAAAAUAAUGCAUUGUAAUUAUUAGGUGCCAAAAAUAAAAAUUGUUAUAUUAAUAGCUAUUUAAUUGAAUGUUAAUUGAAAUUCUCAUAGAAAUUUAACAAUAUUUUUAUGUUAUAUUUGGCCUUUAAAAUAAAUAAAAUAUUGACAAUAUAAUCAACGUGGCUUCAAAUACAUCCUAUACCACAUGUAAGAAGUAACAGCACCUAAAGAAAACCACGUUAUAACAUAAGACAAGUGUUCGUUCCUUAGAGUCACUCUGGUUUGACCACCAAUAGGCCCACCCGGGGCAUUGUAAUCAAUGGUUUGGUCUAAAAAUAUUGGCGAGGCACCUGUUGAGGCACACAUUGAAUUUAAAUCCCUAAAAAUAGUUUUAUUAGAUCGUUGUUAAAAAAUUUUGAGGAAUUUAUCUACCUAUAAAAAUACAAAUUACUGCCCUCUUUGUUCUUCAUGGCAAAAUUGGGCCUGUUUUCAUUUAGCCUAACAAUACCAAUUACAUUGACAUCCCCUUCCACUUGCCCUCUAGCCCUAGAAGCUGGUUUUAUGUUUUUUGCAGGCACCCAGCCUCUAUUAACCAAAAUUGUUUCACUAAAAACAUAAAUGAGAAACUAUUUUUGUGGAGGUUUUUAUCUUACUCUCUAUCUGCUAAUUUAAAAGGUGUCACAACCAAAUAGCCUUGAUUACCACCUUCACUGAAUAAACUGGAAUUAUGUUUGUCUUCUUUUAUGGACCUAGGUCCCAUGUAAAUUUCUUUAUCGUGCAAGAAAGUGCCUCUUACAAUAACUGGACGAUACUCUAGCUGCUGUAACUC